AUGCGGACGCAGCGCGCAGGCCCGGCAGCGGCAGCGCUCCGGCCGCCCCUUCUCUCCCCUGCCACGUACGGGUGGCUGCGGUCGCGUCCGGGCUCGGAACGCGUCUGGGCCUCCGCCGGCGGGACCACGCGGGAGCCAGACUUCCUGUUUUCUGCCACUGGUAGUGCAUGGCGGCUUAUCCUAACUCUGUCCUGAAGUGAGGUGGGAGAUUUGACCAAUAGCCAGCAUCAGUAAAACAGACAAGGUCUGGAGGUGACAAAGAAUCCACCAUGAAUGGGCAGCUGGACUUAAGUGGGAAGCUGAUCAUAAAAGCUCAGCUUGGUGAAGACAUUAGGAGAAUUCCUAUCCAUAAUGAGGAUAUCACCUAUGAUGAGUUAGUGUUAAUGAUGCAAAGAGUUUUUAGAGGAAAACUUCUGAGCAACGAUGAAGUCACAAUAAAAUAUAAAGAUGAAGAUGGAGAUCUUAUAACAAUUUUUGAUAGCUCAGAUCUUUCCUUUGCAAUUCAGUGCAGCAGGAUACUCAAGCUGACGUUGUUUGUUAACGGACAGCCGAGACCCCUAGAAUCCAAUCAGGUGAAAUACCUGCGUCGAGAGCUGAUAGAACUUCGCAAUAAAGUCAAUCGCUUACUGGACUGUUUAGAGCCACCCACUGAACCAGGGGUUUCCACCAACCUGCCUGAAAGUGAUGCUGUGGAUGGUAGGGAAGAAAAGCCUGCUGCUGCUGACUCUAAUGUUAAGCCAUCCACUCAAGUUAUAGCAGCAAGCAUGUCUGCAUUCGAUCCACUAAAGAAUCAGGAUGAAAUCAGCAAGAAUGUCAUGUCAGCAUUUGGCUUGACAGAUGAUCAGGUGUCAGGCCCACCCAGUGCCCCUGCAGAAGAACGAUCAGGAACACCAGACAGCAUCGCUUCCUCCUCUUCUGCAGCCCAUCCUCCUGGUGUGCAGCCCCAGCAGGCACCGUACCCAGGAGCACAGCCACAGGCGGGUCAGCAGGUGGAAGGCCAGAUGUACCAGCAGUACCAGCAGCCGGGUUACCCUGCCCAGCAGCCACAGGCGCAGCCCCAGCAGCAGUACGGCGUGCAGUAUCCAGCCGGCUACAGCCCGCAGCAGGCCGCCUCACAGCCGGCGCAGCAGUUCCCAGCCUACAGCCAGCAACCGGCCCCAGCCGCCGCCUUCCCAGGACAGGGCCAGGCCCAGCAGCUGCCGGCACAGCAGCCGCAGCAGUACCCGGCGGGCAGCUUCCCCCCGCAGCCCUACACCACGCAGGCCUCACAACCGGCCCCGUACAGCGGCCCGCCCGGUGCCCAGGCAGCGCCCGGCACCUUCCAGCCACGGCCCGGCUUCACCCCGCCGCCCGGCAGCACCAUGACGCCACCACCCACCGGGCCCAACCCGUACGCCCGCACCCGGCCGCCUUUCGGGCCCCAGGGCUACGCACAGCCCGGGCCUGGCUACCGGUAAGGGCUGAGUGCCCGGUGCUGGCUGCUGCGGCCUGACAGCCGUCCCCACCGAGAUCUGGAGCUGUCCCGAGGCAGAAGAGUCGCUGUAAGUGUUCAUUAGUUCUGCAGGGGGAGGGAAGGAGCGACCGAGCCGUUCAUGCUUUGAAUUGUAUCCGCUUCCUAGUUUAAUUUGGGGCUGGGGUGGUUUGGGAACACUACCUACGUGUUUGUCAAGUGAUCAAUUGACAUCCUAGCUUGCCUCGUUUGAAGGAUAUUAAAAUGCUAGCUGGAAGUUUAGCCCACUAAUAACAUGAUUUACUAAAUUAGAUUAAUUUGGAGGUAAAAACUAGAUAUGAUGUAUUAUAAAUUGUAAUGCUCACAUGGAAAGCUAAUAAAAAAAUCCCUGAAUCUA